AUGCAUUGCUCCACUGAGUACGUUCGUCAUUCAGCAUCUCGUGGCAGUCACAAUUAUAUCAGCAAAUUCAACCCCAACGUCCACGCCGACGAAGAUUGGACCCAAAUCUCCGAUCUCGCAGAGCGUCGUCGCAUUCAGAACCGCAUAGCUCAGCGUAACUAUCGCAAGAAGCUAAAGCGUCGGUCGGAGGAUCUGGAGCGACGAGCUCCGUCUUCUUCUACUCCAGAACAGUCACACGCAGAGCAAAUUUUACCAAAGCCAUCUCCUACCACGACUCGAACAAAGAUGCGAGCGUCCAAGUCUGUUGCAGAUGUCAAGCCUCAAUUGCAUUCGUCAGACCGACCUGCGUCUUACGAAUACUACACAAUUUCCGAUGAUCGCCAACCCAUUUUCGCUCAACAGUGCACUCCCCAGCUCUCGGCAUUCCACACCCAAGCCCUUUACUAUCCUUCCAUGGCCCCUUGCGACGCCCAUUGGCAAUCAGACUACAACCAUUCUCCUCUCUUCCACGCUAUACCAAAUAAUGCCAACUUGAUUGCCGCCUACCAGACGGAAUACAGCGAUUCAGUCAUCUCAGUAGUGCCUGGGCUCCUUUCAUUACACACGGCGGGCAAGAUCGCCUACGACGAGGAUCUCAUCGGUCCGUUCAGCAUGUGCUACGCAAUAAUGGCUGGCAUUGAACUAUGUCAACAGCAGCAAGAAGCACAUCCCUGGAGUGGUCUGCCGAAUGGACAUCAGGUACCUUCGCUUGCAUACAGCUACACAGAGAACCACCAGCGAGGACCUCUGACAUCACCAGAUGCAUCCGUCACAUUCCCGCUCACACCCUAA